CUGAACGCUGCUGUUUUGACAGAAGAGCUUCGUCUCGUGUCAUUUUCUCGAUGUUUCUUCAAAGCACCGAGAACGACAUGCGUUUUAAACCGUCUCGAGACCGACUAUACAGCGCGCGCUGCUGCGGCUGCUGUCAUGUGCGGACUGGAACCAUCAUUUUGGGUACCUGGUACAUGGUGGUGAACCUGUUGAUGGGCAUUCUGUUGACUGUGGCAGUAACUCACCCUGAGAAUGUCCCUACUGUUGACUUGCAGUAUGAGGUUAUUGAGCAUUACUUUGCCUCAGACAGGAUGUCAGAGAAUGCUUGUGUGGGCUUUGCCAUCUCUCUCCUGAUGCUUACCAUCAGUGCUAUGAUGGUGUAUGGAGCUAUUACUAAUCGUGACGGCUGGCUCAUCCCGUUCUUUUGCUACCAGCUGUUUGACUUUGCACUAAGCUGCCUGGUGGCCAUCAGCUCCCUGACGUACCUGCCCAGAAUCAAGGACUACCUGGACCAGCUGCCGGAUUUCCCAUACAAGGACAACCUGCUCUCUCUGGACUCCAGCUGUCUCCUGCUGUUUGUGCUCAUUUUCUUUGCCAUUCUUAUCGUCCUCAAGGCCUAUUUGAUCAACUGUGUGUGGAACUGCUAUAAGUACAUAAACAACAGGAACACUCCAGAGAUUGCUGUCUAUCCUGCUUUUGAGACUCCACCUCAGUAUAUCCUUCCCACCUAUGAAAUGGCCAUGACAAUGCCAGCGAAGGAGCCUCCGCCUCCUUACAUGCCAGCUUAAAUCCCCCUCACUGGUCUCAUCUGUAAAAGCCAGUACAGACACCCAUCUUUGCCUUUCGAUCCUGCCUUCCAUUCCAACACAUGGAGGGCGUUUAGACUCCCAGCGUCCACUUGUCACAUCAGCAGCUUACAUAUUCGCAUAGACUUAACCAUGACUAUUUCUUUCGCAUGACUCUCGUAACAGCUCAUCACUGCAGAUCUAUUUUUGUAAAACUAUAGGGAUACUGUUGAAGCAGCACGGUGUUGGGGAAGAGAUGGAUUGUGGCAGGAUUUGUUUUAACUAUUUAGUGUUGUAUCUGAGAUAUGAAAUGCCGUUCUCUUUUUUUGGGGCAUCAUGACUCGGGCUCUGCAAUAAAUUGUGCUUACGACAGAAUUAUAUAGUUGAUUCAUAGUCGAUCACUAAUGAAAUGAUUCUGAGAUGGGGCAGGCGAUCUGCCGUUUGACAUUUUUACCAAUGAAAGCUUUCACUUUAUCUGCCACCUUGAGAUCUUUAUUUUUCCAUGCUUUUCAAUGCUGUGUGUGUGUUUUUUUUUCUCCUGAUGUCUUAGUAGAGGAAAUAUUGUGAAAAUCAACAUUGCCCUACAACUUGACAGGGCACUUGCAUUUAGAAUCACCUUGGCUAAUAAAUCUGUUUUUGCUAGAUUAAAGACCUGUUUAGACAAUCCGGUGUGACGGUUAAAACAGUAUAUUUAUUUCCAUUGUGUAUUUUCUUAGUGGACGUAAGACUUUCAUCCUUUAAAAAGUGAAAGAGCUCAAAGCACUUUUUAUCUUGUUUAAAUAGUGUGUUUUUUGCCAUCCAUUGAACCAUUGUGCACCAUCAUGUUAGCCAUCAUCAUGGUGAUCUAUUGUCAUGGUACCUUCUGGGUAAUACUGGUUAACACACAAGAGGAAACUUUCCUCAUAUGAACGACAAUGAUAUAGAGUUUUAAAAAAAGGAAAUGCUAGUGCUGUAAAAAAAAUCAAUGGAUGCAUGUUUUUUUUUUUUUUUUUUGGUUUUUCUUUUCUUGUACUUGUGUGUAAUCUUAUUACUUCAAUAAACAUUUAAAACAUUG